AUGUUGUAUACAUUGGGCGGUGGUGAUGUAAUUGAGAGCACUAGUGUUUUAAAAACAAAUACUAGAUUUUUAAGGAGAUCUAAACAAAUCGAAGAAAAUCCCGAAGAAUACUCUAUUUUUGAUAAUGUUGAAGAAGGAAUAUGCGAUAUUUUUGUUGGAAUAAAAAAUAGUUCUUACAAACCAAUUGAUAGAGCUCGAGCGAUAAAAGAAAUGAUACAAAAUGAAUUAAAUUAUCACAGCAGACUUUUAGAAUUUAUUAAAUCUUAUAAAGGAGAUUCGAAUCAGAUGAUAGCAUCCAGUUUAAAUUCAAUUGAUAAGUUAACAAUAUCUUUCAUAGAAAAUUUAAAAGAUGCUAACUAUGAUUUAAUCAAAAUAACUCGUGUUUAUGAAGAAAAUAUUUACCUAUUUAAAAUAUACUUAGAUAUACUUAGACAAACAACUUGUUUAACAGAUUCUAUUAAAUCAAGAACUCUUAUUCACGCAACAUUUUUAAAAAUAUUACUUCAUUCGUUUAAUCAUAAAGAAGAGGAAGAAAAGGCUAUAGAAGGAACUAUUAACAUAUGGGAUAACUUAAUUAAUGGAUAUCAACAUCAAUUGGAUAUUAGUUACGAUAUCGAGAAAAAUGUUCCGUUUAGUUCUAGAGGAAGACUUAUACUGCGACUCGAAUUUAAAGUUGAUAAGAAAGAUAUGGUUGUUUUUCUAUUUGAAAAGGUUCUUCUUUUUACUACGAUGGCAAAACAAGAUUAUUUAACGUAUAAAAAACAUUAUUUAACAUCAAAUCUUAUUGAUGUUGAGAUUUGUGACAAUUCAACCAAGCUCAUUUUGAGUGUAAAAGAUAAGAAUAAUAGUGUUAAAAUAAUUAAAUUUCGAGAUCUCACAAAUUCGCAAAGUCAAAAUAUUAUUAGAUUUAGGGAUAGUAUUCAGUACUUAAUAAAUUAA